UCGCGGGCAGCUGGCGAAACUGUAUCGAAGAUAAUAAAAGAACGGCAACAAGAACUUCUCGCUCACCUCAAACUCGUGACUCCCGCGCCAAAAGUGACCAAAUCUAGCCUUCUUGAUGCUAGAAAGCUUUUUGGAGACAACUUCAAGAAAAAAGUGACGCUGCGGAAGUCUGGCCAUCUCGGGGCUUACGAAGAAAUAUCUCUCCUUCAGUUUGAUCCGAACUUUACUUCUUCUGAGGUUACCUGCCGUCAUCCGUCAUGCUCGACCAAGAAUUCAGAAGCAGCAAAAAGUGGCAACAAAAGGGAUCUUUUCCUCUGUCCAACUCAUCAGCAAGUGUUGAGGAACAGCAUUUCUAACCUCUUUGCAAAGGAGAAAAUUACUCUCUCCAACAGUACCAACAAACACGGUCUUUUUGCUGGAUACACGUCAGUUAUCAGUGUGCUGGAUAGUGCCUAUCAUGGUGCCAAGGAAUCUCAGACGCUUAAGGGAAAAUCUCUGUUGAUCCAAGAAGCAAUUCUUAAUGUUAGAAACUUCUUAAUCAUAACCAACUGCUUAUUAAACCCCGAUGAUGAUAACCUGGGAAUUGCUCUGCCUCCUGUAUUCCAAAUCUUGCACCUCAUCCUGAAGGAUCCUGACAAACCCACAAAGUCGGUAGUUGGCCUCAUCCACAUGCUCCGCGACGUCAUUGAGAUGGUUCUUUUCUCUUUUGGUGUGAUCUAUUGUUGGGUGGCCCUUGCCCUUCGCAAUCCUGCUACUCAGAUUGGGUUUGGAGUGGGUAUGAUCUUGGGGGCAGGCGCUUUCUUCCUGGGACCUUGGAGUGGAGCCGCUGGUGUGACCAUAGGAGGGACUGCUGGAGGUCUCAUUGGCAAUGGUAUUCACAGCUUUUUAACUAAGAAACAACAAAACCAGAGGCUACAGCGAUUCAUAGAGGAAUGGAGGGAAGCUGGAGGUGAUAUACAACAGAAUGGUCAACCAAACAACCAGGAUCUAGUAUACAUUGUUGAAGCAAAUGCAGAAGGUAGACUGGCUUUAGCACUUGGCGGUUAA